AAAAUCUCAUUCAACUAUUUCUUAUCGUAUUUCUGGCUUUUGAGAGAGUAAAGUGUACUUGCCCAUUGAAACAAGAAGUAUUUUCCACUGUAUUACUUCAUUAGCUGGCUUUUGAGAGAGUAAAGUGUACUUGCCCAUUGAAACAAGUAUUUUCCACUGUAUUACUUCAUCAGAGGAAGGAUUCAUAGAUGAGAAGCACUUGCAGGCAACCAUGUCAGUGUUGAGGAUCAUCUUUCUAGUCACUUGUAUGUGUAUGCUCUACACUAUUGUUCACAGUGAGACACUGUCAAAAAUCUGCUGCCAGGGAAACCCUAAUUAUAACUUGGCUGAAAGGAAUGGAGAUGUGGUAUUAGCAUUAGCAAAUGAUUCAGAUCCCUAUCAGCAAUGGAUGAUUAAUAGCACUUUGGGGAGCAUGAUUGGAGAUGAAGUUGGGUUUUCUUCAAUUUCCAUAGUCAACAAAGGAACUGGCCAUGUCUUAACCCAUGUCAAACACAAUCACCAGGUGGUUGUGGGUAAUUUUGGUAAGGAUGAAUUUCAAAGGGAAUACUUGUGGACACAGAGUAAACCUAAAGAUGAUGGCUACCAGUCUGUCCUUCCUUUUAACAACAUUAACAUGGCUCUACAAGCAGAAGUUCCUGUAAACAAUAAGAGUAUAAGUGGAGGAAUCAAAGUUACUCUAUACAAAAGAAAUGAUUCUGAGAUUCACCAGAAAUGGAAGAUUAUGCCUAUAGGGCCUCCUGGAGAAGUAGUCCAUAUCUACUCAGAAGCAAACGCAGAUUAUUUCCUGACGGCUAGAGGUGAUUUUGCAGUUCUUUCCCUUGGAAGCUCAUCUGAUGCCCAUCAGGAAUGGAUUAAAGUUGUUUCAUGGGGUGAAAGAGUAAAGGAUGAAGCUGGCUUCCCAGCCUUUGCAUUGGUAAACAAAGCCACUUUGAAGGCUUUGAAACAUGGCAAUAGUGAAUGGGACCAGAUAUUUGUGACGGACUACACUGAGAUUACAUUGGAUGUAUCCAUUCUGUGGACUGAAAGUGCAGACGUUGGAAAUGGAUAUCGAUGCAUUCGCCCUGUAGAUAAUAUUCAUUUGAACAUGGAUGCAAAGCACGCGGAUGGCAAAAGUGGUACUGUAUAUGACGGAAAUGAGCUCAUUCUCUUCAGCUGGAAGAAACAGAGCAAUCAAAAAUGGAAGAUGGUAACCGUAAAUUGAUGAUACAGAUGUUGAAUGAGCAACAAGUGGGUCUCAAUGAGAAGACAAUGGAGGAAGAAUACUAACUUUUAUUCCGCUGAUGUACUGUGUGUAAUAGAAAAUGUAGAAUAACAACUUAAAACUAGGAAGCUUAAGGCUAGACUAUCCAUUUUUCAAAUUUCUUCUUCUAGCUAUUACAACUUUGCACAGGGACAUGUGAAUAAUUCUAGUUGUAUAUUUUUGCUAGCACACUUAGGUUUCAAUAUUUACUAUCUAAUGUUUGACUUAA